AUGGGAUUUUCGAACCGCCAAGUUAUUAGCAAUCUUGCUAGUUUUCUGCUCUCAAUCGCCUUUUGUUCAAACCUACUGUCCGACAUUCCUCGAGGACAGCUCUUAUUCGAAUCAACACAGGAAGCCACCCACGGCCCAAUAAUAUCACGACCAGAUACUUCAAAUCUGAUUUUUGCUUCGUUCUCCGGCCUCCUUCAUCAAUGGCCAAACAGUAUCUUUCCCGGAGGUCAUUCGAUUGUAGCUGGAGUAAUUCCGCGUGGAACACUAUUGUAUCAUGGCGCAAACAAACAAGAAAUUCCUCCCAAUGGUAUGGAAUGGCUUUCGUUUGAUCCAGAAAUGGCUUACUCGGUUCACGCCGUCAGAGAGGGAGAGACGGCCUUAUACACUUAUUCGACUCAGCGCCCUCUAAAAAUCAUAUACCUUGACGGUCAAAGUGCUUCCGUUGGAACUGCCGGAUACAUGGAUAGUCAAAGUCUUUUAAUCAAUGGAACAGUCACCGAGAAACUCCAAGAGUUCGGACCGCUCAAUAUCUUGGAUGGUGAAUAUCAACGAGCUGAAGGGCUUUGUAAGCUUGGCAAGAGGCUUGGCUUUGAAGGAAUUGUGCGCAUGAACACCGGGUUUGAGUUAAUCUGGUGUGACUUUGGAGACGGGUUGGACCUGAUCAGACAGACAAACACUACCGAUCCCUUUCAAAAUCAGGAUACGUAUCCAGCGCAGCAUAAUCCGGUCUUUCAAGUAAAAUCAUCACCCUUACUCUCCGAAGCUCCUUGGGAAUCAACACGAGCGGCAACGCUGCAGUACCACGAUCCUGGAGAAACGCGGGUCAAAUUAGAUGCAAACUCCUUCAUCAGUUUCUAUGACAGAGUUGCCAGUCUUUCUGAAAAACGGAUCGCCAUGAACCAACAGUACAAGCGAUCGAUGCAUAGACUUUAUGGUAUUAAUGAAGAAGAUGUCGGGAAUGUUCUCGAUCGGCUUGAAAAGGUCAUCGCCCGUAAAAACUCUGAAGGCUGGGAAGUGAACCAGAACGACCCCGAUUGGCAGGGAAUUGUUCGAAAUGUCAUCCAACGCUACAGUUCUCGAUUAACGGAUCUGGGCCACUUGUUGGGAGAUGGGGAGCGAAAUGCGGCGACGAAAGCCAUGGAUGUUCGAAGAUUGACUUACGCUAUGCUCAUGCCCUACGUCAACUUCUCUAACUUCAGCCGCACCGAUUUUUCGUGGAUGGAAGUGGGAGUUAUGAAUUGUAAAAUUGCAUUUACAACCUCUGAAAGAGGGAGAGAGGAUCUUACGGAAUCGAGUCGAGUCUUGAUGGGAGCCAUUGAAGGAACAUUGGAAACCUUAUGCGGAACGGUUGCCAAAAUGUUCGAGGAGGCGGUCAAGCUGGAUUUGCCAAACUCUUACCACCACUCGAGGAGCACUUCCUUGAAUGAUUCCUUGGUAGAGCAAAAAUCACGAGAACAGGUGGUGACGUGGACCAAGGAGCUUCAGCACCUUACUGCUUGGCUAGGAUGGCCGGAUGGACUGCGUUGCGAUCCGCAAUGCUCUCCAAAUGAAAUUUGUAUGAUACCCAUGUGGCCGGCAGUCCCAGUAGUUCGGAUCCAUCCUUUCGAAUACACUGCACCUGUCGACGAGAUGUUUGAAGCCCAGCCUCUACCCGCAUGCCUCAAGUGGGAAAAGUCGAAACCGUUAGCCAAUCUGCCAGCUGAAAAAAUGUCUUUAACUACAAGACCAGAGUCGUAGGCAU